AUGAAAGUAUUGCUUGGCUCUCAAGGCGUAUGGGAGAUUGUUGAAAAAUGCUAUGAUGAGCCGCAAGAUGAAGAGGGAUUGUCUCAAGUUGAGAAUGAGGUUUUGGCAAAGACAAGGAAGAAGGAUCAACAAACACUUACUCUCAUUCAUCAAUGUUUAGAUGAUUCUAUGUUUGAGAAGGUUGCUGAUGCUACGAAUUCGAAGGAAGCUUGGAAGAUUUUGGAAAAAUCACUCCAAGGCAUUGACAAAGUGAAGAAGAUAAAACUUCAAUCUCUAAGGGGAGAUUUCGAAGCUUUGAAGAUGAAGGAUUCCGAAUCAAUUUCAGAUUAUUACUCAAGGGUGAAGACAAUUGUUAAUCAAAUGAAGCGAUAUGGAGACAAGAUAGAAGAUUUUCGUGUAGCGGAGAAAAGUCUUCGUUCCUUGACUCCUAAGUUCGAUUAUGUGGUAUGUGUUAUUGAGGAAUCAAAAGAUCUUGACUCAACGUCUAUUUAUAAAUUAGAAGGUUCAUUGCAAGUUCAAGAAGAAAGAAUGAAGAAAAGGCGAGAGGAGUCAUUAGAGCAAGUUCUCAAGAUCAAAGCUUCGUUGAAGGAUGAUAGAGGAUUCAAUAGUCAAAACAGACAUGGACGUGAACAAAGAAGAGGACAAGGACGAGGACGUGGUCGUGGCCAAGGAGGAAGAGGAAGAGGUUUCAGUCGUGAAUCAAACUACGAAGAAAGAAGUCACUCAUCACCAAGAAUUAGUGGAAGAGGAAGAGGUUAUGGCUAUUAUCAAAGUGAAAGGAGGUAUAACAAAUCUAAAGUUAAAUGUUAUAAUUGUCAUGAAUUUGGCCAUUUUUCUUGGGAAUGUCGUAAUGCUCCUAAUCAAGAGGAAGAAGAGGCUAAUAUUAUUGACGAAGAUGAAGAGUCAACUUUGUUGCUAACACUCAAGGAAGAAGAUAGAGAUGCUAAUAGUUAA